AUGGCGAGAGGCGCACGGUCGAACAAGGGCAAAGCUCUGAGGAGGCUGCGGCGGGAGAAAGUGGAAAAUAGUGAGGUGUACAAAGCAGCUGAGCAGAAGAGAUUCGGGCUCAUCCAGAAGUCGUUGGAAGAAGCUGCUGUGUCCAAGGCAGAGGAGGCCGCCCAGAGGGCUCUGACUGAGCCGGCAGCCAUGGAGGCUGAUGAGGGCAGAGCUGCAAGUGGAAGGGCAGCAGAAGCAGCUGGAGGGCUGGAGAAGAUGGACAUUGAGGACAGCGACAAGAGGUCGAAGAGCAAGUUGGGAGUCAAGAAGAAAGGUGUCAAGAUCAGGAAGGGCAACAGCGCCAUCCAUGGGCUUUUUCAUGUCAAGCAGAAGAAGGGAAAGAAGCCAAAGCGGCAAUGGUUUGUCGAGUGA